AGUUUCAAAUACAAAUUUCAAACUGGAGAUGAAGAUCAGGAGAAUUCUUUAUAUUGGAUGUAUUUUCAUGAUUGUGCAUUGUAUCUGUUCUGCAUUAUUUUAAACAUUAAAAUGACAGGAAACAAAUUAUUUUAUAGUAAUAUAAUAUGAAACUAUCUUUUACAAUGCUUUAAGUAAGGGCAGAUAUUUUUAAUAGGCUUCAUAGUAUUUUGUUUUCUGAUAGUAGAAAGGUAAUGGAAGUAUCUCUCUCUCCUUGCACUAGGAAGAAGUUGGACUGGUUGGUUUUAAUGAUGCUAUUUUGUUAGAGAGUGGUGUUUACUACUUGCUGAAGAGAUUCUUGAGAAACCACUCAUGUUAUCUUAAUAUCCUGGAACUUUUCCUGGAGACUUCUAAGAAAACAGCUCAAGGUCAGUGUCUGGACAUGUUAUCAACGCCCCCUGGAACUCGGCCAGAUUUCUCUUGCUUCACUCAAGAUCGAUAUAAUUCUAUUGUGAAGUACAAGACAGCAUUUUACUCUUUCUGUCUGCCAGUGCAACUUGCAAUGCAUUUGGCUGGUUGGAUAGACCCUCACUUCCACAAACAAGCUGAAAUUAUCUUGUUGAAGAUGGGACAUUUUUUUCAAGUCCAGGAUGACUACUUAGACUGUUAUGGUGAUCCAGCUGUUAUUGGUAAACAAGGAACUGAUAUCGAAGAUGGAAAGUGCAGUUGGCUGAUUGUAUCGGCUCUAGCUCAUGCUACAAGUGAACAAUGCCAGAUUCUUCAGAAAAAUUAUGCUCUGUCGGACCCAGCCUGUAUCCAGAAAGUAAAGGGUAUCUACAAGGAAUUAGGACUUUCAGAACUUUAUCAUAGUUAUGAAGAGAAAAGUUACCAGGAGCUGACAUCCCUCAUAAAUGAAUUAACUGAUUCUACUGAGCUUCCAGCUGCCAUCUUUCAUGGGUUUAUGAAAAAGAUUUACGGGAGAAAAAAGUGAAACUGUUACUUUAUACAAGAGAUUGUUCAUUUAAUUUUAAUUUACCUUAUGGUAAAUGCAUUGUCUCAUUGAGUAAAUUUUUACAUUAGGUGUUUAUAUUUUACCAUUACUAAAGUGAUUUUGCACUUGCUAACAAUUCUCUUUAUGCUGAAAGGAUCACAUGUGUGGACAAACUAUUUUUUUUGUUUUUCAUUUUUACUGAAAAUCUUUAUUUUUGCUUUGGGAAGUUUGCAUAAAAAAAAAGAUGUUUCUUAUAUAACUUAGUGCAAUGCUUUUACAUUUAUAUGAAGUAAGAUAGAAGAAACAUCUUUAUUGUUGUUGAUCAGAAAACAUGUCAUUUUUUUUCUAUGUUUAUUUUUGUUAUGUAGGGCUUUUCAAAAGAUUUUGGGUUUUUAAUGAUUUUUUUUUACUAAUACUAUAUUUUGUUGUUUAGUUGGAAUAUAACCCGGAUCUUUGAAAGGCAUAAUGUCCAUGAAUGACUCUCUCUCUCUUUUGACUGUGGGAAGUGAUUUUUCACAGACAUUUUGGUGUUACUGGGUCUUUUUGUUUUGUCUAUUCAAAAGUUUUAAGAACAGCAUUUUUGGAAAAAAAACACUUAUAUUUUGUUUGUUUUUUCCUUCAUAUUUAGAUUUGGUCUGAUUAUUUGAUGAUAUUUUUGCUAGAGAUGAUAGGAAAAAGAUUAUUUUAAACAAUGACUGGUAUGUCACAGGAUUUUUUUCUGAAGGUAUUAUAUUUAUUUGUUAAUUGUAUUUCAGAAAACAACAUUGUUACCAAAGCCUGAAUUUUAACAGAAUAUGUGAAAUUAUUACCGAAGUAUCUUUCAUUUUUUCUUUUUUGUGUAUGUAAAUGUUUUCAUCUUUUGUGUUUGUGAAUUUUUUCAAUUUUUGUUUAUCAAGAAUGUUAAUUCCUAGAUGUAGGAAAGUAAACAAUGUUUUUACUUAAAACUACCUAAACAAAGAUAUGUUUAUUUUACUGAGGCAGUAAGAUUAAAGUAUGUUAACAGAUUUAGAGUACAAAUGAAUGAAGCAAAAAGAGCUGCAAGAAAGUAACAGCAAGUUUUAAUAAAGAUGAACUCAACUUUAGUUAAGUAAUAGCUAGUAUGAAGCUUAACUUGUCCUAUCUACAUAGUAUUUGGUGUAGACAUUUAAGUCUAAACCAUCACCACUCGUAAGUACCAAAUAAAUGCAGAUAUUUUGAUAUUUUAACUGUUCUUUUUGUUAGAGUUUUCUGAUGUUUUAACAGUUCUUUUUGUAAUAAUACAUGCUAAUCCUGCUGCAGCAUUCUUGAAAACAACUGCUUUUGUACUUUGAUAAACUCGCAUAGAAAUCAAAAACUACAAAUUAACAAUGUUAAAUUCUUGGAAUGUAUGUAUUUCAUCGAAACGUUUUGAAUGUAAAAAAAUAGUGUGAAAUUCUAUAAAGUGGACCCUUGUUAAAUUCUUGGAAUGUAUGUAUUUCAUCGAAACGUUUUGAAUGUAAAAAAAAUAGUGUGAAAUUCUAUAAGUGGACCCUUGUUAAAUUAUUGGAAUGUAUGUAUUUCAUUGAACCGUUUUGAAUGUAAAAAAAGUAGUGUGAAAUUCUAUAAAGUGGACCCUUGUUAAAUUCUUGGAAUGUAUGUAUUUCAUUGAAAUGUCUUGAAUGUAAAAAUGUAGUGUGGAAUUCUUUUAAGUGGACCCUGUGUUAUAAAUUAUGAUGUAAUUUGGUAAAGGGUAAGAGAAAAUAUGUUCAUUGUCACAUUGCAAAAUUGUAUGUUGCAGAAUGAUUAAUGCAUUUUUAAAACAGUUAUUAAGUGAAACUUCAACUUUCUAAUCUGAUAGGUCAACAGGCUCUGUUUUCUGUGUAGUUUUGUAAGUCCAAACACUUUAGAAGUGUAUUUUCAAGUGAAAAAUAAUAUCAGAAGUUUUAAGAUCAAUGAUUGUAACUUCAGUUUGAGUAGAUACUACUAUUUAAAGUGAUGAAUUUUUUUAAAGCAUAAAAUAAUAAUAUUAAGGUUAGGAGUGUUAAGUAAGUUAAUUUUGAAAUUUAAUUUAUCUGUGCAAAUUUUGAGGAUUUAUAUUUACAAUCAGAAGUUUUGUGUGACAAAAACUUCUGAUUAGAAAGGAAGAAUAACAAUUUGUUUGGUAAAAUAGUAGAUAGUUUGUUUUCAGAUUAUGACAGCUGGCAGAUAAAAAAAAACGUGAAAGUUGUGUAUGAUAAAGAAUAUUAAAAUGGCAAAAUAAGAAUUUAUUAAAUAUGAAUGGUAAUUAUGGAAGAACAACGUCAAGGUUGAGAAUGAACAGUCAUUUAAUAUCUACCUCAAUUUGCAUUGUUAGAACUUAAUGUAGAGGUAGAUAACACUAUGUAACUAAAAGUAUCACUUGAGAUUAGUCAGUUCUCAGAAAACUAUGUUGUCAACAUUUUUCAAAAUUGAACAAAUCACUGAUCAAUAUUAGUCUUGUACGUCCAGUUUCAUCCUUUGUCACGUUGCUCAAUUAGCAUGUGUAUUAACUUGUUAUAUACUAAUAGGUAUUUACCUUGAUUUACCAAGGAAUGUUACAUUGUCUACAAGACAAAUGAACAAGUAAAGGGUUAUGAAAAAACUUACUAUUAGAUAUUUUGAAUGUUUCUUAACAUUUUACUGGCAAUAUUAAACCUUGUUUAACUAA